AUCCCGGCAGGUGAGCGGCGCCGGCUCUUCACCGUUGGCCUCCUCUUGGGGCUCGCCCUUUGCUCUGGACACUCGCGCAACAGGACCCCAGAUCUAGGGGCUUCUGCUUUGACUCACCCGCCGCUACUGGCGAAAGACCCAUGGCUGAGCGCGGGGAACUCGACCUGACUGGAGCUAAACAGAACACGGGAGUGUGGCUGGUCAAGGUUCCUAAAUAUUUGUCACAGCAAUGGGCGAAAGCCCCAGGAAGGGGUGAAGUUGGGAAGCUGCGGAUUGCCAAGAAUCAAGGAAGGACUGAGGUGUCAUUUACUUUGAAUGAGGAUCUUGCAAAUAUUCAUGAUAUUGGUGGAAAACCAGCCUCAGUUAGCACACCUAGAGAACAUCCAUUUGUCUUGCAGAGUGUUGGAGGACAGACAUUAACAGUAUUUACUGAGAGCUCCACAGAUAAGCUGUCGUUGGAAGGAAUAGUGGUACAAAGAGCUGAGUGCCGGCCAGCAGCCAGUGAAAACUACAUGAGAUUAAAGAGAUUGCAGAUAGAAGAAUCUUCCAAACCUGUAAGGCUGUCACAGCAACUGGACAAAGUUGUAACAACCAAUUACAAACCUGUUGCUAAUCAUCAGUACAAUAUUGAAUAUGAAAGGAAAAAGAAAGAAGAUGGAAAGCGAGCCCGAGCUGAUAAACAACACGUUUUGGACAUGCUGUUUUCAGCCUUUGAGAAACAUCAGUACUAUAACCUUAAGGACUUAGUGGACAUCACAAAACAACCUGUGGGAUACCUGAAGGAAAUCUUGAAAGAAAUUGGUGUACAGAAUGUAAAAGGGAUCCACAAAAACACGUGGGAGCUGAAGCCAGAGUACAGGCACUAUCAAGGAGAAGAAAAGAGUGAUUAAGAAGACUGCUUGCCAGAGUGCUAAUGGAACACCCAACAUGGGCACAGGCAUGCUGCUGGAGUGCUUGAACACCGUGUGUUAAUAGGGGCGAAAUAACAGUGCUUUCACUGCGCUUGGUACAUUUUUUAAACCUAUACUUCUUAUAAAGUUUAGUAAGUGUUUUUUGAGGAGAAAGAACAAAUUUAUUUAUAGACUUGUAUUAAACCAGAUUAUUCUUAAUGAGAAUUGAGGUUGCUGUAUUAAGUAUUAGCUUUUGACAUGUAACAUUAGGAAAUGUUUCUUAAAUGAGGACCCUCUAUCCUUGCUGUAUCUCUGAGGCACCAAGAAAAUACAGAUCCAAAGAGAAUGGUA